AUGCUAUCAAACCGUCUCACCACCAGCUGGUUCCCCCUCGCCGAAGCCUGUAACAACACCGGUCCCGACGACACCAAGCCAUGGUACAAAUAUCUCGAAAACUGCUAUGAGAACCAACUCCUCGACCCCUCAAAGUCCACAACAAUGACACAGACACCCAACGGUGCAUUCUCCGUGCCCAGUACCAGCGAGCUUGCGGAUGUCUGGGGUGAAGCCUACCGGGGCCAGGGAGGCACUGGGACUGAUACUAUGACGAUUGCUGGGGUUGAUAUUCCGGAUGUUGAGCUGAACUUUGCGACGGGUAUAAAUAGCUCGCAUGCGCAUGUGGGGUUGGCAAAGGGUUCGACACUGCUGGAUAAGUUGGUUGAGCAGAAGAUUAUUAACGCGAGGGCCUUUUCGCUGUUUGUGGGGAGUGAUGUGAGGUAUUUGCAGAACUGGGAUCCGAAUGCGAAGGAUGCGAACUAUCCUGGAUCAAUCGUUUUUGGAGGCCUCGAUUUCGCAAAACAGAGCCAAACGUACAUAAGAGGUGACCUUGACUCGGAUGGGAUUCCCCAGCUCGAUGUCUCAGGCAUAAACGUCCAUGCACAGCACGCGGUAUAUGACAUUCUGGGAGACCUGAAAGUCGAUACAUAUGAUGCAGAGAUCGAUGUCUCGAGCCCUUGGAUUUACGUUCCCGAGGUUGCUGCUCAGGCUAUUCGUGCUAAACGUGAUAAUGACUGGAACGCCUCGGGUGAUAUUGUGAGCACCCCUGUACACCUGGGCAACAUCUCCAUGACCGUGAAGGUGAGGGGAACUGGGCAUGGGGGUGCAUCGGAGGUCAACAUCACAUUUCCAGAAUCAAUUUGGGGAUGGGACAGGAGUUAUUACGCGGAGCCCAAAGUCACAAAGGACAAAUUCUUCCCGUUCCUGAUCAACAAGUCCACCGCCCGCGCAAGGGUUAUCCUUGGAAGGCCCUUCCUGAAGGCUGUCUAUCUUGCAAUCAACUAUGACAGCAACGAAUUCCAAGUCGCCCCCGCCAGCUACUCCUCCGACUCCCAAAUCAAACCCUUCGGGGCUGUCGCCGCCGACGGCAGCAACAGACUCGAAUCCUUCCCCAGCCUAACCAACGAGGAGGGACAACCAAGCCCGACCGUCACAGCCCUUCCCGACCCCAGCGGCACCGCCCUCGCCGACUCCUCCUCCAGCUCCAGCACCCCCACCGGUGCCAUCGCCGGCGGCGUCGUCGGUGGAGUCCUAGGCCUCCUCGCAAUCGCAGGUCUCAUCUUCCUGUUCAUGAGGCGGGGCAAGAAGAAGCCGUGGGUUGAGAACAGAGAAAAUGUCCUGCCUACGCCGUCAACGGCCGGGCUGAGUCCCGACGCGAUGGGCGCCGCUGCCGCCGCCCCCCACAACCAGGAGCAGCCGCAGGAGUACUCCAAGGCGGAGCUCCCGGCUAGCACCGAGAGACAUGAGCAGUACUAUGCGCCGCUGGGAGAGCUGGCGGCCGGGUCGCCGACGGAGGUGAAGCAGGGGUACUAUCAUGAGCCGGAGGUGGACCCGCAGGAGGUGCCCGCGAGCCCGGUGGUGCCGGAGGCGUUUGUGCAUGUGCCGAGACCACCGCAUGCUGCGGUGCCCGGGCAGGAGACACAUGAGUUACCGUAA